CGCAGGGAGGGAGCGAGGACGGACGGACGGACCGACCGACCGGCGCGGGCGGGGAGAGCCGCCGCCAGCCGGGUGCACGGCAACCUGAUCCCGGUCCAACAUGGUCGCCGCUCACGCCUCCCAUUCCUCGUCCUCCGGCGAGUGGAUCGCGUGCCUGGAUAAAAGGCCUUUGGAACGUUCUAGUGAAGAUGUAGAUAUAAUAUUCGCACGACUGAAAGAAGUGAAAGCUUUUGAGAAAUUUCAUCCAAACCUUCUCCAGCAGAUAUGUCUCUGUGGAUAUUAUGAAAAUCUGGAAAAAGGAAUCACAUUAUUCCGUCAGGGUGAUAUUGGGACGAAUUGGUACGCUGUCCUGACAGGAUCACUGGAUGUGAAGGUGUCUGAUACAAGCAACCACCAGGAUGCUGUGACGAUAUGCACUCUUGGAAUAGGAACUGCUUUUGGAGAGUCCAUUCUGGAUAACACUCCUCGCCAUGCUACCAUUGUUACCAGGGAACAUAGUGAACUCCUUAGAAUUGAGCAGAAGGACUUCAAAGCACUUUGGGAGAAAUAUCGACAGUAUAUGUCUGGACUUCUCACUCCUCCUUAUGGUGUUAUGGAAACUGGCUCCAACAAUGACAGAAUGCCAGAUAAAGACAGUAUGUCAAACAGUGCUCUUUGCCAAGUUUCUAAAAACUGUAAUAAGACACCUCUUAUUGAUCCUCACAUCCCACAUCAUCCUACUAAAACCAUUACACAGGUUCCUUCAGAAAAGAUCCUUAGAGCUGGAAAGAUUUUGCGAAAUACAAUUCUGUCCCGAGCUCCUCACAUGAUACGAGAUCGUAAAUACCAUCUGAAGACUUACAGGCAAUGCUGUGUGGGGACAGAGCUAGUUGACUGGAUGAUGCAACAAAGUCCUUGUGUCCAUUUACGAACCCAGGCUGUUGGCAUGUGGCAAGUACUGCUGGAAGAAGGUGUUCUUAACCAUGUGGACCAGGAACACCACUUUCAGGACAAAUACUUAUUUUAUCGGUUUUUGGAUGAUGAGCGUGAAGAUGCCCCUUUGCCAACUGAGGAGGAGAAAAAGGAGUGUGAUGAAGAGCUACAGGAUACUAUGCUGCUUCUGUCUCAGAUUGGGCCAGAUGCUCACAUGAGGAUGAUUCUCAGGAAACCCCCUGGCCAGAGAACUGUAGAUGACUUAGAAUUUAUAUAUGAAGAACUUCUCCACAUUAAGGCCUUAUCUCACCUUUCUACCACGGUAAAACGGGAAUUAGCAGGUGUCCUCAUUUUUGAGUCACAUCCCAAAGCAGGAACAGUCUUAUUUAAUCAGGGAGAAGAAGGUACUUCUUGGUACAUUAUCCUAAAGGGAUCAGUAAACGUAGUCAUUUAUGGCAAGGGUGUGGUAUGUACUCUACACGAAGGAGAUGAUUUUGGCAAGUUAGCACUUGUGAAUGAUGCUCCCAGAGCAGCAUCCAUUGUUCUGCGGGAAGACAACUGCCACUUCCUGAGAGUAGAUAAGGAGGACUUCAACAGGAUCCUUAGGGAUGUGGAAGCAAAUACAGUAAGACUCAAAGAACAUGACCAAGAUGUCUUGGUGUUGGAGAAGAUCCCAGCAGGAAACAGAAUUUCUAAUCAAGGAAAUUCACAGCCGCAGCACAAGUAUAUUGUGAUGUCAGGAACCCCAGAGAAAAUUUUAGAGCACUUUCUAGAAACUAUGCGCCUUGAAGCAACUUUAAAUGAAGCAACAGAUUCUGUUUUAAAUGAUUUUAUUAUGAUGCACUGUGUUUUUAUGCCAAAUAGUCAGCUCUGCCCAGCCUUGAUGGCACACUAUCAUGCCCAGCCUUCUCAGGGUACAGAGCAGGAGAAGAUGGAUUAUGCCCUCAACAACAAACGGCGAGUCAUUCGGCUGGUUCUGCAGUGGGCUGCUUUAUAUGGAGAUUUACUGCAAGAAGAUGAAGCAGCAAUGGCCUUUUUGGAGGAAUUUUAUGUAUCUGUAUCAGAUGAUACCAGAAUGAUUGCAGCACUAAAGGAGCAACUUCCAGAGCUAGAGAAAAUUGUAAAGCAAAUUUCUGAAGAACCUAAAGGACCACAAAAGAAGCACAAAGUUCUUCUGCAGCUGUUCAACACAAGUGAUGACAGAGCACAGAAACGCCAGCCUAUCAGGGGCAGUGAUGAGGUUCUGUUCAAGGUGUACUGCAUAGACCAAACCUACACCACUAUCCGUGUGCCAGUGUCGUCUUCUGUGAAGGAAGUGAUCGGUGCAGUAGCAGACAAGCUGGGCUCUGGAGAAGGCCUCAUCAUAGUGAAGAUGAGUUCAGGAGGAGAAAAGGUUGUGCUCAAGCCUCACGAUGUUUCGGUGUUCACCACUCUGAGCGUUAAUGGCCGGCUGUUUGCCUGCCCUCGGGAUCAGUUUGAUGCUCUGGCACCAUUGCCAGAACAAGAAGGACCAUCUACUGGUACAGUAGGAACAUUUGAACUGAUGAGUUCCAAAGACUUAGCACAUCAGAUGACAAUUUAUGACUGGGAGCUCUUCAACUGUGUGCAUGAGCUGGAAUUGAUUUAUCACACUUUUGGAAGGCACAAUUUUAAAAAGACCACGGCAAAUCUGGACUUGUUUUUAAGAAGAUUCAAUGAAAUUCAGUUCUGGGUGGUCACCGAGAUUUGUCUUUGCUCUCAACUCAGCAAGCGUGUUCAGCUGUUAAAGAAAUACAUUAAGAUAGCAGCCCACUGUAAGGAAUACAAAAAUCUGAAUUCCUUUUUUGCUAUUAUUAUGGGACUGAGCAAUGUUGCUGUGAGCCGUCUGUCAUUAACGUGGGAGAAACUCCCAAGCAAGUUCAAGAAGAUCUAUGCAGAGUUUGAAAGCUUAAUGGAUCCAUCAAGAAACCAUAGGGCCUAUAGACUGACUGUAGCUAAAUUGGACCCUCCAAUAAUUCCUUUCAUGCCACUGCUUAUAAAAGACAUGACGUUUACUCAUGAGGGAAACAAGACAUUCACUGACAAUCUAGUAAACUUCGAGAAAAUGCGCAUGAUUGCCAACACUGUCAGGACAGUGAAAUUCUGCCGAAGCCAAUCUUUCAAUCCUGAGGCAGCCCUAACUAAUAAAAACCAUCAGGAUGUUCGGAGCUACGUGCGGCAAUUAAAUGUGAUUGACAACCAGAGAACUUUAUCACAGAUGUCUCACCGACUGGAACCGCGCCGAGCAUAAACAUUUGAAGCAAUGAUGAGAAACGAUCUUUUAUCCUCUCAAGGUCACUUGUUAAGAACUUCACUUUCUCUGCUACUGCACUGCCACUACAAAAAUAAGCAAAAACAUACCAUAAGGUCUUAGGCAACGCACAAUGUACCAGCCUGCUGGAGAACUUUGGCUGAGGAAGAAUUUAUGCACUGUAGGUGUAUGGGUGGCCAUGUUGUGAACUGUUAAUUCAUCUUAAGGUGUAGUAAGUGAUAUCUCAUACAGAUUUUAAAUAAGGGCGAAAGAUAGAAUAGUUAGUGGGAAAUGCACAAAAACUUACAACAGUUCUAAGGUAGGUAGUGGGUUCUUCUCCCUAAUUAAGAACCUGUAUUUUAUGAUUUAUACUUCAGGUCAGGACCAAAACUGAUUGUCAGUUUAGCUUGCUCAGCUGCUCUUGACCUCAACAGAAGGUGGAUGUAAGGAUCUGAUGAAAUAAUGUAGGUUCAAGAGCGGUCCAAGGUACAGUUCCAUUCAGAGAAGACUUACAAAUAUUUCCAUUUUAAAUACAACAAAUACUAAGAAAAAUUCCUAGUCUUAAUCAUACUGUCUACUACUACAAGCAGUGUGGCCAGAAAACUGACAGGACUGAAAAUAUUUGAAUGAUAAAUAGCUUAAUCAGUGUUUACAUUUUACUUCCUUCUUUUUAAAUUACCAAUCAGGUUUUUACAAAAUUCAGUUUAAAAGUAAGGUCAUCAAAAUCAAUAGCAUUAAAGGUAGCAAAGGACUGGUUCAAAAAGAGCACAAUAUGCACAAAUGGAUUUCAAGAGAAUAUUUUCCUUAAAUAUUACAACCUUAAACUUCAGCUAGAAUUAAUCAUGGCUGGUUAACACAUCUUCUGAUCUUACACAUUUACAAAUAUCUUAAUUUUCAGCCAAUUGUUUGCACUUUCAAUAGACUGUAAAUAAAUGUCAAUUCAUUAUGUUCUAGAAUAUUUAUUUAUGUAAUAGUUAUUGUGCCAAAAUAAUUCUGGUUUAUUUAUUUUGUUUAGCAUGUAAUGAGAGUACAGCUUUUGUCUUCACACUCUGUGCAUUUACAUGUAGAAGUUGUGUGAUCUAUCUUUUCUGUAAAUAACAUGCAGUACCUUAUUAAAUGUAAUUGCUGGAAAGGUUUA